AUGGCACUCGGCUCGGUAUCACAGUGGGUUCGAACUCGGCCAAGAGACAAGGGUCUCUUGGAGAAAUGCGAAUGGACCAAAUGGGUCGCCAAACUCGGUAGCACACUGGUUUCAGACUCCUCAAGAAAUAUGGGUAUUUGGGGAAACCUGGAUAGACUGAUAUUAUGGUGUUCAAGAAAAGACUAA